AUGCCUGGACCAGCCUCGACAUCUUCCAACACGCGUCCGUCUUCGACAAUGCCUGGCCAGCGACCGCCCGUCAACACGCAGACAAAAUUGCUCGACACAGUCCAGGGUCGGCUGCUGUGCAUUGCAGACAUUCGUGGAAACAUCUCCCAUCUCAAUACACUCGCAGCAGAGGCAAAUGCAAAGGCAAUCAUUCACACUGGCGAUUUUGGCUUUAUUGAGCCCUCUAGUCUGGACAGGAUUAGUGACAGAACUCUCAGACAUCUUGUCAUGUACUCUCCAUUGAUCACUGUACCACAUCGAAAUCGGCUGCUCGCACCUGAAAACACCGUCGCCACAAUCCGAGAAAUGAUCACCAACUCGGCGACACCACUCUUGUCAGAGUUCCCACAGCUUCUAUCCGGUGACAUCAAGCUUUCAGUCCCAGUAUACACCGUCUACGGCGCUUGCGAGGACGUGGCGGUCAUCGAGCGAUUCCGCGCAGGCCAAUACAACAUUGACAACCUUCAUAUCAUCGACGAAGCAACUACGCGUUGUAUAGACGUUGGAGGGGUCAAGUUUCGGCUUCUCGGUCUGGGAGGUGCCUUUGUCCCGCACAAAAUGUUUGAUAACGGCGAUGGUCAAGCCACCAUCGCAGGUGGCCAAGGUACCAUGUGGACUACUGCUUUGCAGAUUGGGGAACUCGUCGAUACUGCACAGCGGGUGUAUGACGUGACGGAGACGAGGAUCUUGGUGUCCCAUGCCUCCCCUGGUAGAGAAGGUCUCAUUGCACAGCUCGCUCUCGUCGUCAAAGCAGACUUGACCAUUUCAGCUGGACUUCAUUUCCGAUACCCAACCUCGUAUAACGAGUUCAGUGUCCAAAGCGAUUUUGAGGGCUUUAGGUCCAAGCUUCUGGCCUCAAAGGAUAACUUUGAAAAGAUCUGGGACGCCGUCAAAGGGCAGGUUGAAGCCGUUUUGGACGAGAAUCAAAAAAUCUUGUUAGAGAAAGCUCUCUCCGUCGUAGAGAGAAUCCCACCACCGGUUUCCACCGUCAAUUCUGCAGAUGAAAACGCUUGGAAGAACUGUUGGAAUUGGAAUCUGACAGACGCCGCCUACGGUCAAUUAGUUUUGGAUAUCAAAGAGGGCAGAGUCAACGCGGAGAUGCGGAGUCAGGGCUUCAAUUAUGCCUAUCGAAGACAGACAGUACCUAGUUCUGGCCCGGCUGUGGAUAGCGCACUCAACGUCCCUUCGAACCAAGCACCCAACAGCACGGCACCUGCUUCUACUGCUCCUACAAAACCUGGCACGCCUGCAUUCUCCAAAUCGUCUACACCAGCUCCACCUACCAAACCUAAUUCACCUACAGCUUCCCGGGCUGGAGGUGCGGAAGGAGACGUCGUGAAUGGUACAGACAAAGAUGCCUCGAAACGGGACAAGAAGAAGCAAAAGGAAAAAGAAAAAAAGGUGGACAAAGGAGGCCCAACAGAGGCGAAUAUCCAACAAGGUCCGAAGAAGGGCGUGAACCUGGAGACAUCUGGAAUCGAUGGCUCUGUAAAUGAUGACGGUGCUACACUUUCUCCUGGCGCGGAAACUGGCGGCGCUCAGACGCCCAUAUCACGAAGGGGGGCGAGGAACCCAUGGACGCUGUUCAUCAAGCAUUUACCCGUUCCAGUCUCAGAGGACGAGAUUAAAGAGUUCUUUGGAGAUGCAAAGAAUGGUAUCAUCCACGUCAAAAUACCACACAUCAAUCAGGGAGGAGGCAAGACUCAACGCCACUUUGCGUAUGUCGAGUUUGGAGACGAGGAGGCAAUGAAAGCCGGCUUGGCCAUGAAGGGCGAGAGAAUUCGAGAUUCUACCCCACAUGUAUCCAUCGCCGACAUGGAUAGGGAACCGGGAGGUGGUCGUGGACGAGGACGAGGUUUUGCAAUGAGAGGUCUCAUGCAAGCAGGACUGCAACGACAAAGCAGCGGUCGUGGUAGGGCACAAGCAGAAGAGAGCUGA